AUGGCGCCGGGCCGGGACCGCCCGCCGCACGGCGAGGGCUGCGCGGGGCCCCGCGGCGACCGGAGGGUGAGCGGCGGGGGGGCGCCCGGCCCGGCCCGCGCCUCACCCGCGCCCCUCUCUGUCCCCCGCGACGCAGGGGGCGGGCGGCGGCUCCUGGAGGCCAGCGAGCGCUUCGCCGCCGGGUACAUCCAGUGCAUGCACGAGGUGCACACCUUCGUCUCCAGCUGCCCCGGCAUCGACGCCACCACGGCCGCUGAGCUGCUCAACCACCUGCUGGAGUCCAUGCCCCUCAGCGAGGGCGGCUGCCCGGACUCGGUCACGGACAUUGUGGGGGAGCCGGCCCUCGGCCCCUGGCCCGCCGGCGAGGCGCUGGCCCUGCCGGCCGGAGCCCGCCCGGGCCCGGCCCUGCCCGCCCCGGCUCUCUCGCCCUCCCCCAGCGAAGAGACCUGCUCCGACUCGGACGAGGCGGAGGCCGGGCCGGGCCAGACCCCCACGGACGGACUGGACGCGUCCCAGACGCAGGGCCGGCCCUCGCCCGGCUCGCCCAAAUCCAUGUGGAGACCCUGGUAACAGCGGAGUCAGCGCAGACCUGCCUGUGCGGAGGGCAGGGUGCCCCGCACACGCGUGUGGUGAGCGUCUGUGUGUGUGAGCGUCUGCCUGUGAACGUCUGUGUGUCUGCCUGUGAACGUCUGUGUGUCUGUGUGUCUGCCUGUGAGUGUCUGUGCAGCGCUGUGACUGCGGACUCGGGCACUGACGCUGUCACCCCCUGACAGCCUAAUAGCGAACGCGUUAACAUUUCAUCCCUGUGCGUGUGUGGCGUUUUGUAACUUUGGGGGUUGCUCUUACGAGAGGAUGGGGGGGAGGAGGGAAGUGAUUUGUAGUAGCAAAGCUCUCUGGUGGAGAAAAAGCAGUUACUUUAUAACCCUGUCUCUUUCUUCUUGGCCCUUAGAAGCGGCCCAAACACCGCUACCUUUUGAGAAAAAGCCCUUGUGCGUUUUGAAUCACGAUAGUUCGUUCCAGGAGAAGCUGGAGCUAAGUCUGCAUGCACGGUUUCAAGUGUUCUAGUGAUAGCACAGACCCCUGAAAGGUGUCUAUACCUGAUAGCAGUCUAAAGUCUCACCUUUAGGGAAGGGAGAGAAAACUAGAAACCUGGUGGAAUUAGACAUUUUAAAAAGAUGUUGGUGGCAGGGUGCCUUUUAGAAAUGAGUGUCUUUAUGCACAUUUUGCUUUUAGCACAUUUGAGUUUAUUGUGACUUUAUGUAUAUUAGGGUGUCAAAUGUGUUUUAUUUUUAAUCUUUAAUAAAAAACCGCUGAAUUCA